CUUGUACAUACACAUAUCCUAUUUACAUCCAAUGAGCUCACUAAAUGAUAAUGAAUCUACUUCAAUGCAACAACCACAAGUUUCAGAUGACAAUAAUGAUAAAACAUCGGCUAUAUUAUCUUCUUCAUCAAAUUCAUCUUCUUCACUUUCAACCAGUUUAGACAGUAACAAUCUAAUUUCACAAGGCCCUAAUCCGAUUCGUUCACAGUCAGCUACUACAUUUACUAUUCAAUCACCUCCGAGUGGCAAUGAAAGCCAACUAAAACGUCAUAGCAUACGAUCUAAUUCUGUUACUCAUCAAUAUUCACCUCGUCAACAAACAACUAUUUCAACCAAUUUGGAUAAAUCUCUUUCACCCAUCUACCCUCCUUCCAUACAUAAAUCACUCACAUCUUUAGAUGCUAAAUUAAUUGCUCGAGAUAUGGAAAAGUCAUCUAUUCACUUAAGAGGAGAUGAUGUCACUUCACCUACUUCACCUAUAAAUAAUAAUAAUUUUUUUCUAUCAAAUAGCAUGAAUGGAGGCAAUAACAUGUCAUUUCAAACCAUUGCUGCUCCCUCUACAACUGCAGUAGCCUAUUCAUAUCAUCGACAAAAUAGUAUGAGUAGCACUAUAACGUUACCAACCAAUUACCAUACUACUACCACGGCACAAGGAGAUACCUGGCAGACGUUAUGUGUUCGAGUACUGCCUCUAUUUAAUGGUGAAGGAGUCCAAAGCUCUAUUGAAGAUUUAAAUGAAUUAUUAAGAUGCUGUUUGACAGAUCCGAUUUCACCCACCCUUUAUCGAGAUAUCGAAGCGUUGUUAAGAGAUGGCAUGUUUACGUUGAAUGCAAAAAUGUUUGGUGUUACUGACGAAAAGUUACUUGACAGACUUGUUGAACAAUGGUCCUUUUUUUUCACUUAUGCAUUACCAUAUUUUGAAGCUGUCUUUCUACCUUUAAGAACAGAUAUUCGCUAUCGUUCAGCUGAUGAAGCUGAGAUGUGGAAUGUACGUAAUAUGGCUUUGAGAAGUUUUAGAGAUAAUGUUAUUUUAUUGCAAACAAAGAGAUUAGAAGAUGUCUUUAAUAAAUUAUUUACUGAUUUUGGAUCAUCACAAAAUCCUGCAGCUACAGCAGCAAAAAUGCUUCAAAUGACUUCACUCUUAGCUUCAUCACCUGAUCAUAAUGAAGAGAUUGAAAGAGUCUUAUCAAAUCUGAAAGCAAACUGGAAAAUAAUGAUGACUAAGGGAGAUAGACGAGGCUUUGCAGGCGUAAUAAAAGCUAGACCUAUGCAGUCUGAUACAACCAAUCAUAAUAUAUUCAGUACUUUAAAAUAGUAAAUAAAAUUAUUU